UCAUAGCUCCGCAGAUCGUCAGCGAGUGUAGCUGCUUUUCGUAGGCAUCCAAAACUUUCGAGCGCAGCUCGUCACAGUUGGUCUUGUGGCUCCGUCCCGUUCGGUUCAGUUCAAUCAAGUUCCCAGUUUACGCGAGUGUUGUGCAGCCGAGUUUUGUCAUCUCGAUAGCUAGCUAGCUAGAACUAGCUUAGUCAAACGCUCAUUUUGCACUCGCUCGAUCGCAAACGUCAUUUGUUGUUGUUUGUUAUUGUUCUUGUUGUUCCCUGCAUCGCACAUUUUCGCUCUUCACACGUAAUUGCCAGUAAAGCAGCCAAAGUGAAUUACUUAAAGCAAUACAUCGACGAUAUCCGCAGGAUAAUCGAGGAGAAAAUGUCGCUCAAUCCAAACGGGUAUAAGCUCUCCGAAAGGACGGGCAAACUAACAGCAUAUGAUCUCUUGCCCACGACAGUCACCGCUGGAGCAGAGACUCGUGAAUUUCUGUUGAAAGUAAUCGACGUGCUGUUGGACUUCGUGAAGGCAACCAAUGAUCGAAAUGAGAAGGUGCUGGACUUUCAUCACCCGGAGGAUAUGAAGCGUCUGCUCGACUUGGAUGUGCCGGAUCGGGCGCUGCCGCUGCAGCAGCUGAUUGAGGACUGCGCCACGACGCUUAAGUAUCAGGUGAAGACAGGCCAUCCCCACUUCUUCAAUCAGCUGUCGAACGGCUUGGAUCUGAUCUCCAUGGCUGGCGAAUGGUUGACCGCCACUGCCAACACGAACAUGUUCACAUACGAGAUAGCCCCGGUGUUCAUACUCAUGGAGAACGUGGUGCUCACCAAAAUGCGUGAGAUAAUCGGCUGGUCCGGCGGAGACUCGAUCCUGGCGCCCGGUGGCUCCAUUUCCAAUUUGUAUGCCUUCUUGGCCGCUCGCCACAAGAUGUUCCCCAACUACAAGGAGCACGGUUCGGUUGGCUUGCCGGGCACCUUGGUCAUGUUCACAUCGGACCAAUGCCAUUAUUCGAUCAAGUCUUGCGCUGCCGUCUGCGGGCUCGGCACCGACCACUGCAUCGUGGUGCCAUCCGACGAGCACGGCAGGAUGAUCACCUCCGAGCUGGAGCGCCUAAUACUGGAGCGCAAGGCCAAAGGCGACAUUCCGUUCUUUGUCAACGCCACGGCUGGCACAACUGUGCUGGGUGCAUUCGAUGAUAUCAAUACCAUCGCCGAUAUCUGCCAGAAAUACAACUGCUGGAUGCACAUCGAUGCUGCUUGGGGCGGUGGAUUGUUGAUGUCGCGCAAGCAUCGUCAUCCCAGGUUCACGGGAGUUGAGCGCGCGGAUUCUGUCACCUGGAAUCCACACAAGCUCAUGGGAGCCCUGCUCCAGUGCUCGACUAUUCAUUUCAAGGAAGAUGGCCUGCUCAUCAGCUGCAAUCAAAUGUCCGCCGAGUAUCUGUUCAUGACCGACAAGCAGUACGACAUCAGCUACGACACUGGCGACAAGGUGAUCCAGUGUGGGCGCCACAACGACAUUUUCAAGCUCUGGCUGCAAUGGCGCGCCAAGGGCACCGAGGGAUUCGAGCAGCAGCAGGAUCGCUUGAUGGAACUGGUUCAGUAUCAACUGAAGCGCAUUAGGCAGCAGUCCGAUCGUUUCCACUUGAUUAUGGAGCCCGAGUGCGUCAAUGUCUCGUUCUGGUAUGUGCCCAAGCGUUUGCGAGGUGUGCCUCAUGACAGCAAGAAGGAGGUUGAACUGGGCAAGAUCUGCCCCAUUAUCAAGGGACGAAUGAUGCAGAAGGGCACACUUAUGGUUGGGUACCAGCCGGACGAUCGAAGACCAAACUUCUUCCGGUCAAUCAUCUCUUCGGCGGCUGUGACCGAGCAGGAUGUGGACUUCAUGCUUGAUGAGAUACACCGUUUGGGCGAUGACUUGUAAGCGAUUCUAGCUUAGAACCUAUAUUGUCUCCAAAAGAUAAAUCUAGCUACUGUUGUGUAAUCGAUGCAACCAAGAAGUAUCUUUAAGGUAAAAAGCAUAUCAAAAAAACGCGAAGAGAAUAACGCUCAACUAAUCAAAGUUAUAUGUUACUGUACAUUGAAUUAUAAAGUGUUGCCGAAUGUUAUGUUUCAUUUCGCUUUUCAGUUAUUGAAUUCUAAGAGCCAACACAGUGUUGGAAAACUAUUAAAUAUGUACUCAUAAUAUAAUCAAAGUGUUGCCAAUUUGAAUGUUAUUUUAUGUUUCACUUUCACAAAGAAACUUCAAGAGUUUAUUGCGACUGUUGCAGAUACAAAUUAUAACAAGUUAUUAUAUCGUAAAGAACUUUAAAAAAUAUCUCUGUGUACAUUUAUAAUACAAUCCAAACACUACACAAAACCACCCGCCACACUCACCACCAAACCAGAAACAAACAAAUCAAUUUAAAAAUCAAGGUUGGAAUAUUUGAAAGCAAACAAAAUAAAACAUAAGAGUCUAAGUGUUGUAAAACGAUAUGAUAUCUUAACAUAUCAUAUAAGAAAAA